AUGUUUUUCUUUCCCUCAUUGUCUCUCCUCGAAUCCUCCUUCAUAGCCGCGCUCCUCCUCCUCUCCCUCUUGUCGCUCUGCUUCAUAUUCCACCUCCGCUUCAAGUCACGCACCCUUCACCAAUUACAAAACUUCAAUUCUCUCUGGGCCGUCCGAUUCAUCCUGGUCUCCUUCAUCACCUUCUGGGCGCUCAACGAGCUCCUCCGCCUAUCCUUCUUCCGACACCAUGUACUCCUCUCUCUCUUUACCUCCCCAACCCUAUCCAACCAAGCCAACCUCUGCAAGAUACAGGCCGUCCUCUCAUUAGGUUUCUUCGAGCCUGCUUUCUUGGUGACCCUACUUUUCCUCGUCAACGUUUCGAUCAAGAAGAAAACCCCCAACGGCAUCUUGGUCGACGUCAUCCCUUUCGUCAUCAUCACAUGCUCUCCCGUCUUAAUCUUCCAGAUAAUCUUUGUGUUCUUUGCACCGUCGUCGGAGACACAGUUACCUGUCUUUUUCACUCGAAGCUACGUCGUUCUUUCCAAGAAUGGUUUAGAUGAUGCUGAUGAUAACAAGCUUUUGUGUGCGUACCCUUUGUUGAAUACUAUUGUGUUUGGUGCUUUUGGGAUUGGGUAUUCCCUGUGCUUCUUCUUUUCUUCUUGGAAGGCGGUGUCGCUUGUGAUCAACAAGGGCCUGAGGGUUCGAAUCUACAGGCUGGCUUUCACGGUUUUGAUAUCGUUGCCGGUGCAAAUUUUGUGUCUUGGCUUGUCCGUGUUGUGGGAGCCUGAAGAGCCUGCCUAUGGUGGCGUGGCACUCGUUGUGUUUAUCAGUGCAUUUUUGUGUGCCGUGGUGGGAGAGGGCAUAUUGGUAAUUAGCCCGAUCAAGGACACGUUGGCUGCCGGAGGAGAAUGUUGCCAGUGGGUUCCCGGGGACCGAUCACGGCGGCGGGAGGAGGGUCAGAGCCCGGUCGGAUAUGGACUUGUCUAG